GAGAGGGAGAAAGGAGAGAGAGAGAGAGAGAGAGAGAGAGAUCUCAAAGAUGUACAUGUUACCGUCCUCAAAUGAGCAACAAUCGAAUUCCCAACACACACUCUCAUUGGUCAUGGCAUCCUCCAUCUUAGCCAUUAGGGCCUAGUUACAUUUCACCUAGUUGGCAUAUGUAUUCUAGCCAAAUAACAGUAAUGGGGGCAAGGCUGUGAUUGGUCCAUUGCCAGAGGGCUGCCAAUAUGUUUCACAAAGAUGUCAUUUUCUCAGGUAUUUUCCUAUUUCAGUGAUUUUAAAUAUUAAGUGAUACAUUAUUUGGCAACUGUUCAGAAACUUGGUUGGUUUGUGUUUCGGAGGACGCACGGCUCUCGACCUUCACCUCUCCCGUGUCCGUACGGGAGUUGCAGUGAUGGAACAAGACUGUAACUACCAAUUGGAUACCGCAAAAUUGGGGGUAAAAGUAAGAAAUAAAAAAAUAAAUAAGAAACUGAAAGGCCACUGGCAAAGAGACAGGUACCACUGUCCACUGGCAAAGAGACAGGUACCACUGUCCACUGGCAAAGAGACAGGUACCACUGUCCACUGGCAAAGAGACAGGCAGGUUGAGAGGCUUGCAACUGGAGAGAGAGCAAGAGAGAGAACGAGAGAGAGAGAAAUCAAGGAUGUACAUGUCAACACCCUCAAACAAGCUAUAAUCUAAUUCCGAACACACACUCUCAUUGGGCAUGCCAUUCUCCAUCUUAGCCCUGAGGGCCUAGUUACAUUUCACAAGAGGUUUCACAAGGAUGUGGUUUUCAGUUGCCUGUCACCAGUAUGUGCCUUCUCAGCAUGGAGAUAACACAGAGGUUUUAAAAACAAGAGUCAUAUUCAUUAGGCACCAAACGGAAGAAAAAGAAGAGAGACAAGCUGAUCUUGUCCAAUAAGAAGCGCUCAAAUUUCAUUUUGCAUUGUGUAGUGUUUUUCUACAGUGUACCUGAAGGGGACAGUCCCAAAUGACAGAGAGGAAAUAACCGACCCCUCUUUUUCCUCACAGAACAUAUAGAGACACAAGCAUGACCUGAGUGAAUCGGCUGAUGGCCAUCUUGCCAUUGGUGAUUGGUGCACUCUGAUCUUUAGACUUUAGAAUCCGUCUUUAAGUCAUUAACAAAUUUCCUAUGACUGAGAAAUUGUGAGUAUCCCAAGUGUUUCUUUGUUUGUCAAAGAUAGCUGGCUAAUCUUUUUUUCCCUCGUAAUUUCCGUGUAUCAGUUGUGGAUGAUGCAUCUUCGCUCAUGUUAGCUUGUACUGUCAAACAGUAUAUUCAUGACAGGUUAGAAAAAUAUAUAGUCAUUAUCAUUGCCAUUACAAUUUAUACGUCCAUCAAUAAGAACUCUGGAAUUUCAAAUGUUGUUUUGAUUCCAUUGAAUGCAAUGUACUUUCACCCGUUCUUCUUCAAAAUCACUCAUUUCACAUCUUCCCCUCUCACAGGUUUGUAUCACCAUGGCAUCAGCCUGGAUAACAAUGUUUGCCACGCUGCUGCUGGCUUUUGUGAACGGAACGAAAGAUGAGGUUCACACGUCUCCAUCUGUGCGGGUACACACUUCCACCCCUGUGGUGGCCUUGGGGUCACCGGUGACUGCCUCUUGCAUCAUCAGAGAUGACUGCCCACUCAUAAAGGGGGCAGUCUGGCACCUCAACCACAUUGUCUGGCACCUCAACCAACGCCUUAUUCCCAGCAGUCCUGCAGCAGCCAAUGAGAGUGGUAGAACCUCUGCAGCGGCCAAUGAAAGUGGCUGGAUCUCCACCGUUUUAUAUUCUGUGGCCAAUCAGAGUGGCUGGAACUCAACAGUGUUUAUACCUAGCUUCACAGACACCAAGGGAUAUCUCACGUGCUGUGUCCUCCACACAUUCCCGUGUCAGAUCGUAGGAGCAGUGGAGAUAAGAGCUGGAUUUCCACCCACAGCACCACAGAACCUUAGCUGCCUGACUAACCUGACCAAGCCGGAAACCCUCUCAUGCCAAUGGGACCCAGGACAGGACACCCACCUGCCCACACAGUACACUCUCUACACUGAGAUCAGGGACUUACCAGAGAGCAACACGUACAUGCUGCCUCCAGGGGUGCAUCGCUACAAGAUACCACGGACCGGCUUCGUUCUCUUCUCAGAGAUAGAAAUAUAUGUCAAGGCGGUGAACGCCUUGGGUCAAGCCACCUCAACACCUUUGCUUCUGGAGCCAAUGGAGUCAGCCAAGUUUGACCCUCCAAAAGUUCUGAAGGUCCAAGCAGAGCCAAACAGGUAUGGCUGCCUAAGGCUCAGCUGGAGUCUCUCUGAACAGCAAGCGUGGGUGACCACUGUGACCUUGGAGGUGCGACUGAAAACAGCAAACAGCAAGCAGUGGAGUGAAGAACCAGUCCCAGUGCAACGCUUAAUGCGCCAGAGACCCAUGGAAGUGUGUCGUCUGCUCCACGGGACAGAGUACCACAUCCAGAUACGGGUCAGGUAUCAACAGAGUCCAUGGAGCGAAUGGAGUAACAGCAAUACUGCAGUCACGCUUGAGAGGGCUCCCACCGGACGACUCAACUCUUGGAUGAAGGAAUCUAGGGAGCAGAGGCAUAAGUCUCUCAGUCUACACUUGUUUUGGAAGCCAUCGAAGCAGUUUCGUGCCAAUGGCAAGAUCCUGUCCUAUGUUGUCUCGCGCCAGAGACAACCCCUGAAAAGGGGACAGCUGUGCAUCACAUUGGAUAGCCAUUGUGUUUUCCAGCUUCCCAGGGGCACAAGGAAAGUGUUCCUCAGCGCUGGGAACGCUGCAGGGACAUCCAUCCCUACAGAGGUGGAGGUGUUUCAACACAGAGCUCUGGCAGCAGUCUCUGACGUCAUUGUCCUUCCUCAUGAUGAGAGAUCUCUACUGGUCCAGUGGACAAGCAUACAUUCAUCCAGUGUCACAGGCUACGUGGUGGAGUGGAGACCAUUGUUGAAAAUGGACCCUUCCCUCAUCUUGUUUGACCACAUGGACAGGAAUCAAUCCAGCACUCUAAUAUCAGAGAGCAUCGAGCCAUACAAUCCCUAUAGGAUCUCUGUGUAUCCAAAGUAUAAGGACGGGAUUGGCCUUCCUCAAACCGUCGAGGCGUACUCUAGACAAAAGGCCCCAUCUGCCGCCCCAGAUCUGAGGGUGAGGGAGAUUUUGCAUUCUCGUAUUGAGCUUACUUGGGAGGAGAUUCCACUAUGCCAGAGGAAUGGGAUCGUGCAGAGCUACCAGAUCUUCUACUGGGAUGAGCAGGGAAACACCAAAGUUGUGACUGCUGAGCUGGAAAAGAGGAGGGUGGUUCUACAAGAGCUCGACCGUUCAUCCUUAUACAAAGCCUUUAUUAUGGUUAGCACAGGUGGCGGGAGUCUGAACGGAUCAGAGGUUACACUCAAAACUGAACCAAUGGACGACUUGGCUAUCAUCUUGAUAGUUAUUUCCUCUGGUGUUGGGCUGUCAUUGCUUAUCAUUAUCUCAGUUCUGGUCUGCUUCUCAACACAUGAACGGUUGAAGAUGUGCUUUUGGCCCAAGAUUCCCGACCCUGCCAACAGCAGCAUCAAGAGGUGGAACACAUUGGAUUCAAUGCAGGAUACUCCCCCUGUUGAGGACAUGCAGGAAUCCAGCCUGGUCUAUCUCUCAAAUCUCAGCCUCCUGGACCUGCCCAAGAAGGGUCUCGAGAAGAGGGGUGGCGAGAUCACCGAUGACCCCUGGUGCCGCUGCAGUGACACCAGUGACCUGGGCGAGUCCAUAUGUGGCUCCCCCCAAGCCCUCAGCCCUAGCUACAUAGGGUCACAUCAACACUCUGUUCCGUAUGCCACUGUGGUCUUUGAUAGCCCGUACUCAAUUCAGCCACCAAGCCAAUCCCAUGCCUACCUGCGCUCAGAGUCCACACAGCCACUCCUGGAGGAGGACCUCGAGGAGCCCUCUAGCCCAAAGGAGUACCAGAAUGUUCCCGUCCAUGGGACAUCUGGGGAGCAAGUUUCCUUUAGAGAAUGCCUGAAUGACGGCCCAGGAAGGGGAGAGUUAUGCAUUAUUUGGGAUGACUUUCCCUUGCUUAGGGCUUUGGCAAUGAAUGAUGUUCGAAGUCAAACCUAAUCAGUGGUAUUGAGAUUUUGAAAUGUAUGCAAGUAUUGUGAGAUGUAUGUCACAGAAUGGCAGAUACAUGUUCAACACCAAUGAUGUUUUCAAGACAGGGACAACAUGAUUAUCCAGUUUGUGAAUGUUAGUGCUACAAAAAAGUGCACUGAAAAAUAGCAAUUAAUAAAGUUCAUGUGUGUUCAUGUUGAUCAAUAUUUUGUCUCUUCUGGUCGUUAUAAAUCAUAAAAUAAAUGUCUGACAAAUACAUACAACUCUGAA